UCGGCACAAUCGUCUUUUGAAAAAUCUCAGGAUUUGUUUCACUUUAUAUUGUUUUAAACAGGUGCUUUUCCAACUAAAAAUAAUAAAAAAUACCAUGUUUGAUAACCAGAUAGUGGCCAAAACGAUCGACGGAAUCAAACCGAGUCAUUUCUUCCGGGCAGUCAACGUUUAUCUAACCAAACCACACGUUGUGAACCGGAAACUGUUUGGAGUAAAUCAACUGCAUUCGAUUGUGUACCGAAAACCGGGGGCCGAACAUGAGCCAACCAAAGACUGGAUGUAUCCGUUUAUCAACGGGAUUAAAACGGCUGUUAAUCUGGGGAAGCCCUUCCCGGAAGCUGUUCUGGAACAAUGCGCCCUUGUUGGGUUUGAGCUGUUGGAUGCAUCGAACCACCUGUUCGAUUUGAACAAUUCAGAUUCUUUGCGAAGCGGGACAGGAGUACUCAAUUUGAAUCGGUUGCUUCCGAAGAAUUUAACCCAGUUUCAACCACUGGAGGUCGUUUGCGUUCUAGAUAUCGACUCUCAAUCGGGGACGUUUGUGUGCAUCCAAAACGAGGAAAACAACCUUACGCCCAAAUUUCCGUUUACGAUCCAACUAAGAGGACAAGUGCUUUCCAUCAAUAGCAGCUCCGUGGAAGUUUCCGACGAAAAAUCCACUAACUGGUUGAAAGAUAUUCUAUUCGAGAGGCUACUGAAAUGGAUCGAAAAUUUGCUCCAGGAACCCAAAAACCCAAAAGACGACCUCAUAUCUCUCUCACUGAUAAACAACUUGGAACAGUACAACCAACUGUACAGCAUCCUAAAAGCCAAAUAUGGAACGGAAAUGGUGCGGAUUUGGCCGGAGGGAACCGAUCCGAAGAAAUAUGUCUACGAGGACGUAGCGAUAGCUUGCUACCUUUUAACCCUCUGGCGACAGGAACGCGAAGAAACUGGCUCGGAUCGGUUGCAGUCCUUCGUGGACGUUGGCUGUGGCAACGGGCUGCUCGUUUAUAUAUUGACCGGAGAGGGACAUCCGGGAUUUGGGAUAGAUUUGAGAAGGCGUAAAAUAUGGGAUCUCUACCCGGAGCAUGUGGAUUUGCGGGAACAGGCCAUUGUUCCUUCGAAUGCGGCUUUGUUUCCGCAGACUGAUUGGAUCAUAGGCAACCAUUCGGAUGAAAUGUCACCCUGGAUUCCGGUCCUAGCUGCAAGAAGUUCUUACAGCUGUAGAUAUUUCUUGUUGCCUUGUUGUGCUUACGAGUUUGACGGGAGUAAAUUUCAACGACAGAAUUCGGGUGUCAGUCAGUACACGGAUUUUCUACGAUAUGCUCAACAGAUUUCAGAAGUUUGUCGGUUUCGAACUAGCAUUGAUAGGUUGAAAAUCCCGAGUACCAAAAGAACUUGUCUAGUUGGACAAGGUCGAACUAACGGACAGAACGAAUUCGAAGAAACCAGCAAGAAAAUCGAAACCUUUAUCAAUGAAAGGAUUGGCGAGAGUGCGAAAACCGAUAACGAAUCCUGGAGCAGUUCCUUCAAACCACGCGAAAGUGUAGAGCCAGUCAAAAACUGUACCAAAUUGGAACGGAAUCUAAUUGACGAAAUCGUGCGGAUAGUCUUCGAUGCUUUGAUAGCCAAAAAGCGAAUCGCACAAGAAUUCCCCGAAAAGUCUUGGAACGCAGGUUCAACGAUAGCCCUAGGGGACCUGGUGAAAUUCGUACCUCAAGACAAGCUGAACGCCCUGAAGUCGGAGUGCGGAGGUUUACAAACUUUGCUGAAAAAUAAUCAUCAAAUCUUUAUGGUUUCGGGUGGAAACGUUCAGCUGAGGAUUCCAACGAAAGUUGGUUUGAGUAGUAAAAGUGCCGAAGAAUUGAGGCGAAAAUCGAAGAAACAGAAAAACAUUAAACUAGUGAACCUUAAAGAGAAACCAUGCUGGUUUCACGUAAACCAUCCCGAUGGUUGUCCGUUCGACGAAAUAGAUUGUAAAUUUAAACAUUGCCCUAAUGAAGUUUUGUUUCGAUGA